CUCGCGCUAUCUUCACUGGCGUCGGCGGCCCCGUCCGUCUCCCCAAAUGCCUUGCGCGUCUAAAUUUAGAGCGUUACGCAACAAAAAGGUUGCAUCAUCGGGUAACACACUUUCUGGAUUGGCUCGCUUUCCCUCAGCCCUUUUCAUUUGCUAAAGAUGUUUGUUUGUCAGCCUCAAGCAAAGGUCACAAGUAGAGGACGCCAUUGUUUUUAUUGAUUCACUUGCCAUUUGUCAUCUCGGGCGGGACAGAGGACAGACGGGACACUUGGCGGACUGACUUGUCGAGCGAGCGCUAUUUGGAGGCGCGAAUGGCGUAGGUUGGAACCAAAGAGCCUUUGAGCGACUGCCGCUUUGGUGCCGAGCUACGAGGAGGGAGGGCCAGCUCGGGGGAAGCGAGCGGUGGGGGGCUUCAGGUGUAGCUUUUGCUCGUCAAGUGCGGGACAGACACACCGCCAGAGGUCUACGGAGACCAGGCACAUGUCCAGCCCAGGCAGACGAGCGGUCCAAAGGGCCCAGCCAGGCAGAUGAGCGGUCCAGAGGGCGAGGCCAGCUCAAAAAAUGUGUCACAUCUCAACAGGUGCAAGUUGCAAAAAACAAAGCCAAAAGCCAAAAGCCAAAAGCCAACAGCCAACAGCCAAAAGCCUCACACGCACCAGCCUGCUUCUGCACAAACGCUGGGCAAGCGACACUCCCUUGCGCAGCCACGUAAAGCCUCGGGUGCCGAUCCGUAUUCUGCUCCUCUGGAGCCAACGCGCACGUUUGCGGCGUCCGGGACGAGACGGGAAGGCGUCCACGACAGGCGCGUGACCUACUCGAGUUGCCCGACUUGCUACAAGCUAGAGAAGUCAAAUGACUUUUGGACCUUCUUGCUUUUAUUGCACGGACAGCACGAGGGACUCGCUGGGCACCGACGUCGCCGAGCGUGUGCGGGGAGUCACCGGUUCGGUGUCUUGUCUCCCCGCCAGAUCGUCCAAAUGAAUCCCAUGACUCAGCUCUACUACAAGAAGGCGACGUACUCGCCGUACCGCGACCGCAUCCCGCUGCAGAUCGUGCGGGCCGAGGUGGAGCUGUCGGCAGAGGAACGCGCCUACCUGACGGCGGUGGAGAAGGGCGACUACGCCGGCGUCAAACACGCGCUCCGUGAGGCCGAAGUCUACUACAACAUGGACGUCAACUGUCUGGACCCACUGGGCCGCAGCGCACUGCUCAUCGCCAUCGAGAACGAGAACCUGGAGAUCAUGGAGCUGCUCCUGGAUCACGGCAUCCACACCGGCGAUGCCCUGCUCUACGCCAUCCGCAAGGAGGUGGUGGGCGCCGUGGAGCUGCUGCUGUCGCACCGCCGGCCCAGCGGCGAGAAACAGGUUCCCUCGCUGAUGAUGGACAGCCAGUUUUCGGAGUUCACCCCCGACAUCACUCCCAUCAUGUUGGCCGCGCACACCAACAACUACGAGAUCAUCAAGCUGCUGGUGCAGAGGAAGGUGACCAUUCCCAGGCCGCACCAGAUCCGAUGCGACUGCGUGGAGUGCGUCUCCAGUUCGGAGGUGGACAGCCUGAGGCACUCGCGCUCUCGACUCAACAUCUACAAGGCCUUGGCGUCGCCGUCGCUCAUUGCGCUGUCCAGCGAGGACCCCAUCCUGACCGCCUUCCGACUGGGCUGGGAACUGAAGGAACUCAGCAAGGUGGAGAACGAGUUCCGCCAGGAGUACGAGGAGCUGUCGCAACAGUGCAAGCGUUUUGCCAAAGACCUUCUGGACCAGGCCAGGAGUUCCAGAGAGCUGGAGACCAUCUUGAACCACCGGGACAGCGACCAGAGCGAGGAGCUGGACCCCCGACAGUGCCACGACCUGGCCAAGCUCAAGCUGGCCAUCAAAUACCACCAAAAGGAGUUUGUGGCGCAACCCAACUGCCAGCAGCUGUUGGCGACACUGUGGUACGACGGCUUCCCGGGCUGGAGGCGGCGCCACUGGGCGGUCAAGCUGGUCACCUGCUUCAUCAUCGGACUCCUGUUUCCCGUCUUCUCGUUGAUCUACCUGUUGGCUCCCAAAGGCGCGCUGGGGCGCUUCAUCAAGAAGCCCUUCAUCAAGUUCAUCUGUCACACGGCGUCCUACCUGACCUUCCUCUUCCUGCUCCUGCUGGCCUCGCAGCACAUCGCCCGCACCAACCUGCACAUGCAGGGCCCGCCGCCCACCGUGGUGGAGUGGAUGAUUCUGCCGUGGGUGCUGGGAUUCAUCUGGGCAGAGAUCAAAGAGAUGUGGGACGGAGGCUUCACAGAGUACAUCCACGACUGGUGGAACCUGAUGGACUUUGCCAUGAACUCCCUCUACCUGGCCACCAUCUCACUGAAGAUCGUGGCCUACGUCAAGUACAACUCAUCUCGGCCCCGGGAGGAGUGGGAGAUGUGGCACCCGACGCUCAUCGCAGAGGCUCUGUUCGCCAUCGCCAACAUCUUCAGCUCGCUGCGACUCAUCUCGCUCUUCACCGCCAACUCGCACCUCGGGCCCCUGCAGAUCUCCCUGGGCAGGAUGCUGCUGGACAUCCUCAAGUUCCUCUUCAUCUACUGCCUGGUGCUGCUCGCCUUCGCCAACGGCCUGAACCAGCUCUACUUCUACUACGAGACCACGGCCUCGGAAGAGCCCAACAACUGCAAGGGCAUCCGCUGCGAGCGUCAGAACAACGCCUUCUCCACGCUCUUUGAGACUCUGCAGUCGCUCUUCUGGUCAAUAUUCGGUCUGCUCAACCUCUACGUCACCAACGUGAAAGCCCGCCACGAGUUCACUGAGUUUGUGGGCGCCACCAUGUUUGGGACGUACAACGUGAUCUCGCUGGUGGUUCUCCUCAACAUGCUCAUCGCCAUGAUGAACAACUCGUACCAGCUCAUCGCCGACCACGCUGACAUUGAGUGGAAGUUUGCUCGCACAAAGCUGUGGAUGAGCUACUUUGACGAAGGAGGAACGUUGCCGCCCCCGUUCAACAUCGUUCCCAGCCCCAAGUCCGUCUGGUACCUGCUCAUGUGGCUCCACAACAAGCUGUGCGGCCGAGGCCGGCCGCACGGGGAUGACCCCCACAAGUGCGAGAACCUGCGAGAGUUCACGGAGCGUCACGCCGACAGUCUGAUACAGAACCAGCAUUACCAGGAGGUGAUCCGAAGCCUGGUGAAGAGAUACGUGGCUGCCAUGAUCCGCAGCGCCAAGACGGACGAGGGCCUGACGGAGGAGAACUUCAAGGAGCUCAAGCAGGACAUCUCCAGUUUCCGUUACGAGGUCCUGGAUCUCCUGGGCAACCGGCGUCCUCCUCGCCGACACUACUCCUCCUCCAGCGACAUGGCACGAGACGACGGCGGCGGCGGCGGCGGCGACGUGGCCUCGGAGGACGACAGCGAGCCGGGCGACCGGAGGGCAAAGGGCGUCAGCUUCACCGUGCCGCUGGAGGAGGAGGACGAUUGCCGGCCGGCGCCCGCGCUCGGCGUCUCCGCCUUGGUACGCUCCAUUUCCGGGAUGAGCCGGGUGGGGGAGGGGGGGCAGGAGGAGGAGGAGGGCCUGGCGGCGGAGGAGGAGGAAGAGAAACCCAAGAGCAACGGACUAAAGACCGCGGCGCUCCCGCCUUCCGGCACCCUAGCGUCGCCGUGGUUCUCGUCCUCGCUCUCCACCUCGCUGGCUCGCACCAAGAGCCGGCUGCAGGGUCUGCCAGUGGCGGCCAAGACGGACUCCUUCAAACGCCUCUCGGUGCUCUUCUCCCGCUCCAAGCGCUCGGCCCUGCCCCUGCGCUCGCUGCCCCUGCGCUCGCCGCCCUCCUACACCAUCUCCGACGGGCUGCUCCUCCCGCGGGGGGGCCGCUCCGACUCGGGACCGGAGCGCGUGAGCCAGACCCGUCUGAACCGGGUGGGCCGAACAAACGGACGCGACGCGCUCCUGACGCUGCCCCCGCCUCCGCCUUGUCCCUGCCAGUCGCUGCACUGCGCGUCCAACAUGUCCGAGUCCAGCUCGCGUCUUUUGGACUCCAGCGAGGACAUUUUCCAAAGUGGCGGCGGCAGCGGCGGAGUGGAGGCGGCGGGCGACGGGGGUGGCAGCGGAGGGCUGAUGAUGAUGAUGGGCGGCUGGGUGGGACCCUGCGACGACGUCGCGGAGGACGGCCCCGAGGUCGCGGAGGACUCGGUCAGCACGCAGCUCUAGAACCGGGACGGACGGGGCUUUUGUUUCUUUUCCGCUCUGAUGGCCGACGCUGGAUUUGCGAGUGCCCGCUUCCCGUUUGGCAGUGAUCAGCGCGAUGUUGAGCGAGGCGCCCGCGCGCACGUCAGACACGCUCGCAGCGCGCUGCUUUUUCCCUCGUCUGCCUGCGGCGGGUGUUUUGCCGACGCCUUUCUCUGCGUACUUUGACGAUCGCCGAUCCGAUCUUUUGCUGCCACGGACAGAUGUCACGCAAGUCUGAGCGACUCCAAUAUGGGAAUCCACGCAAUUUGCGCUUUUCUUUUGUUUUCUCUGAAGCCCAAACGAUCGGGCCUUUGCGAGAAGCCGUCGUUUUGCCCCGGUUUGUGCGUUUGCCGUCCGUCUCGGGCAGUCCCGAAAAAGUCCCGCGAGGGAGCUCCGCGAAGCGUGCAUGUUUCACCGACGCUCGCGAGGUCGCUUGGCAUUGUUUGGCGGGCACGGAAGACUCGAAAUGGGCACGAAAGGCCGGCGCGUUUCAAAAGGAAGGCGGCCAUGUUUUUUAAAGCCAGCGCAAGAGCAAGCGAGCCGUUCACCGACUUGCUAAUUGUGCACGUGCUCGCUCAAUCGUCUUUUCUUGGUUUGGGCGGCUCGCUCAUGUUUCCCUUUGCUAAACGGCGGCGCAUCCCUCCCUCCCUCCAUCCAUCCCUCCAUCCCUCCCUCCCUCCAUCCAUCCAACCAACACCCAUGACCCGAGCCGAGAGCUUUUUUAGGAAGGUGCGCCGUAUCCACCGUAACGACCAGGACGGGGCCGUUUUCCCUUUAAGCACUUUGGCGACCGCCAGUACCUGGACCACUUUGAACGUAGCCCCAAGAGACAAAAGGAGAAGGAGAAAGGAAGCCCUCAAGCAUCUUGCCAAGGAACCACCUUCUACCCCACUUAUGCCAGUAAUAAUGACGCUAAUCAUCACAAUAAUAAUAAUAAUAAUAACAACAACAAUAAGAGGCCUCUGGGUCUGGUUUGCUUCUUUGCCUCCAAGAUUCAGUUCUUCCUUGACUUUGUCCCACUUGGAGCUGCUCAAUAAAUCCACCGUGUUGGACUUGGACAGGAAGUGACGGUGCUGACGCACGCGCAGCCGCUGGAUGGACGCACGCACGGGCAGCCACCGCCACCAGAGACUUUUUGUUUUUUUAUUAUAUUUUCGUUUUUGGGCGACUCAUGGAAAACAUUUCCCUUGUUUCAAUGUUUUUACCAGUCCAGCAGCACGGGCACACCGACUUAGUAGGCAUGUUUGAUCAAUGGCAUUACAACACACACGCGCAUGCGCGCGCGCACACACGCACACAGUGUUUCUGCCGCAUCGCAACGAUACGGUUUGACGAUCAAUCAAUCGGACCUUGACAAUCACCAUAAGGACCGGCGAGCCAACAUCACGCCUCUUAAAAAAAACAUAGAAUCCCCCCACACCAAUGAAUUCUCAACACAAUUAUUGACAAGUAUUGAUCAGCUCCUUUCAUCAGUGAACGCAAGUUCAGAUAAAUCGUUCGGAUGGGCCAAUAUCAAUAAUGGCAGACUGACUCCCUGAGGCAUGUGUGCGUGUGUGUGAGUGGGGCUCAUCAGCCUUUCGAGACAAGACUUAUCUCCUCCAGUCACACACACACACAAGUGAGCAGGCAUGCAAACACACAUUUAGACAGCAGUGUCUCUUGACAGAGCGGUUUCAUCAUGAUUUAUUUACACAAAUACAUGUGUGGCCACUGUCAUGCACACACAACACACACACACACACACACACACAGACAAUACCACUACAAGAUUUAUGUUCCUACAACAGGAAAAACAAGGACAAACUCACAGGGGACACUAAUAACCACAAAGUGUGUGUGUGUGUCUGUGUGCGCGCGUGCGUGCAUGGAUACAGGAGGCUUACUACAAAUGAUUCCGUAGUGCGGCAUUUUAAGCGGCACUUCAGGUGUCAAAAAAAUUGUUGUCCAACAGAAUAGCUCUCGGACAGACAGGUCCGCCCGGGCGGACAUGCACGCCCGCCCGCCCGCACGCACACAGAGGACAGGUCGCCCUCUUCACCCUCCACGCAGAUUUUCAGCUUUGACACUGGGAGGGGAUUUUACCCCGUGAAUGAAUGUACAAUUGAGUUUUUUUUUUGCAGAAGCUGCCGCACGUUGUUAAUUCUUGAAUAAAGGCAUCAUU